AUGUCGAUCGUUCUUUUUUUCCCCUACCCUCGCUUUCAACAUCGUAGUCUUUGCGCCACCGAUCCCCCCAAAUUUCCUUUCCUUUCUUUUUCCUCCACAGUCGACUGCCGUAUAGAUUAUUCAGGAUUUCAAUUAAUUCCCUGUGUGUGUGUUUGUGACCUUACCGCGCGCACAGGCCUUAUUUUCCACGCUCUUAAAUGUGUGCUUAUACCCUUGUUCCCGCCCCAUCAUCUAUCACUACAUCAAUCGUCACAUUGUAUCUAUCGCACUAUUGGCAAUAGGCUAUUGGCAUCGCGAUAACCAAUCAAGGAUCGUGACCAUCAAGAAAGUAGGGAUUUCAACACGCCUGCAUGUUCGUUCAGGCCACUUCCCUCAUCCUCAACCCCAUGUCUCCCAUACUGGUUGCUUUUCCGUCCUUUCUUACCCCUCUCUCCGAAACUGUCUUCAGUUUUGCCUGAUCACACAAAAAAAAAGAAAGAAGAUGAGAGAAAGAAUCCCUGAAAACUACCGAUCGCAUAAUCUACAAUGCUGGCCCGAAAUUGCCCGUAUCGUGUUUAAUGCGCUGACUGGCUUGCGUGCUACCGCUUGUCUUCACUCAAGGUUGGUGAACGGAAUCACGCAAACGGCGAACGUCUGUGAUAUACCGGGUUUGCAUCAACUA